CUCAACAUUUACGCAUACGAUUCCGCUCCACGAACAGAGAGCGGAUCCAAUCUCAUUAAUUUGAUUACGAAUGCUAGUUGAAAGGGCCAACCAUAAUUGCGGCCUUGUUGUUGAGAAGCCCUAGGCGAAAUCUUCUAAGCUGUGAAGAUAUCGCAUUGCAUCGACAAUCCGAAGAGUGUAAAUGUCCUCCAAAGUCUGUGCCCGCUGCAGGCCUUCAGCGGUCUCACGAAGCCUGAGAAGUCUCCUCAUGCCACGAGCUCACAGGCGCUCCAAUUCUACUAAGGCGGAGCCUGCUCCGAACAGCCAAAAUGUCACUAUAUUCUCCGGCAUCCAGCCCACGGGCGUGCCGCAUCUUGGCAAUUACUUCGGCGCCAUGCGGCAAUGGAAAAAGCUACAGGAUGGGGCACUAGAUGGGACCAAGCUCAUGUUCUCUAUCGUCGAUUUGCAUGCAAUCACCAUGCCGCAGGAUGGGCCAAUUUUGAGGCAAAGGAGUGCGGAAAUGCUCGCUGCUUUGCUGGCAAUUGGACUGGAUCCUCAAAAAUCUACAUUGUUUUAUCAGUCUUCGGUCCCUGCGCAUACUGAAUUGAUGUGGAUUCUGAGCUGUACGGCAUCAUUUGGGUACCUGGGUAGAAUGACCCAAUGGAAGAGUAAACUCUCCCUGGAUAACAAUGCCUUGCCAUUUACCGAAGAAGUCACCUCGUCGAAGCUCAAGCUGGGCCUGUUCUCCUAUCCCGUUUUACAAGCAGCAGACAUCCUCAUCCAUGGGGCCACACACGUCCCCGUAGGCGACGACCAAAGACAACAUCUCGAGUUCGCACGCGAAUGCGCCACGAACUUCAAUCAUGCUUAUCCAGGGGUAGACCUCAUAGCACCUCAAACCAUCACCACUCCCUCGCCCCGCGUAAUGUCCCUCACCAACCCCCUCAAGAAAAUGUCCAAAUCAACCCCCAACCACCGCUCUCGCAUCCUCAUCACAGCCGACGAGGCCCAGAUCCGCUCCCGCAUCAACAGCACCGUGACCGACUCGAUGAACCUCGUGACGUACGACCCGGCGCACCGCCCGGGCGUUGCGAACCUGCUCGAGCUGCUCGCGCAGUGCGAUCCGCAUGAUCGAUCACCGGGACAGCUGGCUAAGGAUAUGGGUAACGAGGCUAACCUCAAACAGCUGAAGGGCAUAGUGGGGGAUGCGCUGGUGGGGGAGCUGGCCGGGAUCAAGGAGAGGUAUGAAGAAAUCUUGGGACGGCAGGGUGGAAAGUGGAUAAGGGAGGUGCAGGAAGAGGGUGCGGUAAGGGCAAGGAGCAGUGCGGAGGGUACGAUGAGGAGGGUAAGGGAGGCGGUUGGGUUGGGUGCUCCGUAGAUGAGGCAUGAGAAGAGCCGUGCUGGAAAGGUGUAUUAAAUGUAAAAUUUACCUGUACGAAAUACCAUGUAUACUGAG